GGUGGCUUUACAUAUUUAUACACUUACUCCGUUACUCUCUUUCUCAUUUCUUCCUCUCCACGCCAUGAUUGUGGACCCGUCUCAUUACAGUGAUAGUAAAACUCCGACACCGGAUCCUCAUUCCAUCUUACGAACAACCGCUCCUUCAAUAAUAACGACAACGCCACCAGAAGAUGAAGCAUUCGACCACAGAAGCAUAAUGAGCGAUAAAACCACCCACAGAAACCUCGUACGUGGUACUAGUACUAGCAACAGGAGCAAUAGGGCACCAUCGGCUUAUGCGAAUAACAACUAUGUCAUUGACGAGGAAUCAGCGAUUCGGAGCCAUCCGAAAGCAGAGCACUCAGAAGCAUCGCUAGUGGCCAAUGCCGCGCCUAUGGGGAGUAGGACGAAGUAUCAAAACCUAGAGUAUGCUGAUCCUUACAACUCUGAACAUGACGGACUUGUAACCAACGAACGGAAUGGUUUUGCAAAUACUACAUUCGGACGGUUCAUAGCCAAAGGUCGAUACCCUAUGGAACAGAGAAUAGAAGAUAAGAAACGAGGGAUCGGCAGACAAAAGUAUCCUUUUGUCGUAUGGUCGUUCAGCGUAAUCAUGGUCGCCGUAAUGAUAUACGAACUCGUCGUGAAUUGGAAGGCCCAAGGAACACCCAUAUCCUUCAAGCCUGUCACAAACGUGAUGCUCGGUCCUUCUUGGAGUGCGCUCAUCAAUGUCGGCGGUCGGUUUCCCCCAUGCAUGAAGUUAGUCAACGGCGCCCCACCGAAUGCACUAGUACCCUGUUUGAACGCGACGACGAACCCUCCCGAGUCAGACCGCUUCUGUACUAUCGAAGAAGUGUGUGGAUUCGGCGGUUUCGGUGGCAAGGACCCUAACCAAUGGUUCAGGUUCAUAACACCUAUAUUCUUGCACGCAGGAAUAAUCCACAUAUUACUCAAUUUGUUUGCUCAGCUGACAAUCUCUGCGCAGAUUGAGAGAGAAAUGGGAUCUGGCGGAUUCUUAGUCACAUAUCUUGCUGCUGGCAUAUUCGGAAAUAUUUUAGGUGGCAAUUUCUCUCUUGUCGGUUCUCCGUCAACUGGAGCUAGCGGAGCAAUUUUCGGAACCCUCGCUGUUCUUUGGGUCGACCUCUUCGCACACUGGAAGUAUCACUACAGGCCUGUUCGCAAGCUUGUUUUCAUGAUCAUCGAUCUCGCUGUUGGGAUUGCCAUUGGGUUCAUACCCUUUGUCGAUAAUUUUGCUCACCUUGGUGGACUCUUUAUGGGACUCUUGUUCGGGAUGAUUUUGUACCCCAUUAUUAGUGAGACAAAGAGGCAUAAAACAAUUGUGUGGGCCUUCCGCAUCACUUCCAUCCCAGUGGCUAUCAUCAUGUUUGUGGUUUUGACCAGAAACUUCUACACCUCUGACCCCUAUGCCGCAUGCCAAGGUUGCCGAUACUUGUCCUGCAUACCUAGCAGCAUAAACAAUCAUUGUCAAGGGACGGGUAUCCCGGACUACGGAAACGCCACUACUAGUUCCGCCAGCACGAUAUGAUACUGCACGGUUGUAUUUGAACUUGAGAUAUUAUUUAAGUUACCCAACACUACCAUACCCCUGAAAUAUGUAUUUCUGCAAUCAUUUUAUUCAAGACUUGUGAUGAAUCGCC